CAAAAAUAACAUUAUUYGGCAGCUGCAGUGGAGUUUGCUGCUUCAUUUUCUGGACGUUGAACUCAAAAUCACACCAUAAUGUGGAUAUGUAAGACUAAAUUCUUGCUUUCUUUCUAUGUCGUGUUCUUAACAUUUGCUCGUGUCAAAGGAUAUAUGUCCAAAUGUGGUGGCGCAUUGUAUCUUCGAAAUGCAGACAGUUUCUCCAGAAGUUAUACCCCAUAUAACUACUAUCCACCUAGUGAUUGGUGCAGAUGGAAAAUAACAGCGCCCUUAUUUAAGGUUGUCAAGUUGACUUUCACAAGCUUCAAUUUGGAGUCGUCGUCGUACUGUAAUAACGACUACCUUUCAGUAUACGAUGGUUCGAGUGAUACCAGUUCAAUCAUUGGUAAAUUCUGCGGAACGAGGAAACCUCCUGUCAUCAUUUCCAAGGGAAGAUAUCUUUAUUUGAAGUUCAAGAGCAAUAGUUACUCUAAUUAUCGAGGAUUUACUAUUACGUAUUCAGCUCAGUCCCCAGCUACCUCCUACACCAAAUGCACCCUCAAGAACAGUUUCGCAAAUAACAACAAUAUAGUACUUACCUCGUCAAGUGGCUACAUCUACAGCCCUGAAUACCCGUCUUACUACCCAAGCAGUAUGCAGUGUACAUGGAAAAUCAAAGUACAAAGCGGAAAGAAGAUCAAGCUCUACUUCGAAUACAUGAACGUUUGGAGUAGUAUAUUCUGCACAAAUGAUUACCUUCGAAUUCGUGACGGGUACUAUUCAACGAGCACGAAGAAGGGCGACUACUGUGGGACAACUCGAAGGACAAUCUAUUCAUCCGGACGGUACCUUUGGUUACGCUUUGUAUCCGACUCAUCAUUCAAUUCCAAAGGGUUUAAGUUAAGGUAUACUACCGAGAGUGAAGGCAGUGGUUCAGUCGGUGUAAUCAUUGGAAUCAUCAUUGGCAUCGCAGUCAUCGUUGCUGUAAUCGUCAUCAUAGUGUWCUGCACUAAAAAGAACAGACGAGGAGUGGUUAYCAGAGGGRCUCCUUCAACGAUAACCACCACAACAGUCACCACAGCUCCUCAACCCCAGGGCGUGGCUCUACAGCCUGUUGGUCAAGCCCCUCCUCCUUAUCAGAACCCGUACCCACAAAAAGCUGGACAUCCUCCUCAUGGCUACGCAGGACCGCCUCCUCAAGGAUAUGCAGGACCACCUCCUCAAGGAUAUGCAGGACCACCCCCUCAAGGAUAUGCAGGUCCACCCCCUCAAGGCUACGCUGGCCCAGCCCCUCAAGGCUAUGCAGGUCCUCCCCCUCAAGGCUACGCUGGCCCACCUCCUCAAGACUACGCUGUCCCACCCCCUCAAGGCUACCCUGGCCCACCUCCUCAAGGCUACUCUGGUCCAUCCCCUCAAGGCUUCCAGCUGGGACCACCACCAAUGGGACCACCAGCUCAAACUUCUGGUCCUACGAAUGUAUCUAUAUAGAACAGAAAGCAGUAGGUAAAGCUGUCCUUUGCCAUCGUGGUAUUUCAUCAUACAUUUUCUUUCGUAUCCCACACAGUCCAUUGCGCUCUUACCCUGAAUUAUCUUUUAUAUAGAAAUCUGUGUCUUAACCUGUAAGGUUAAGGCUGCACAAAUAAAAUCUCGAAACUGGAGUAUUACAACAAUUUCRGUAUGAAAAUCUCUCUCUCUUUUUCAACGCGCACGCGCAAARCCUGAUUGUGUUACAGUGUGUAUGUUCAAUAUCGACGCACGCCAAGCCAAUCAGCGCAAAUAACUCAUUCAGCUGAGGUAAAAAACAUUUUUUGAACCCGUCAACGUUUCUCCUAUUGGAUGUAUGCAACGAUAAAGCUUUUUAAAAGUGACCAUAUGAGCAAUGACCGGCAUAGUGUACCGUAUCUGAUCUUUUCCAUUUGUUCACCCCUCUAUAGAAGUCUGCAUCAAAGAAGGGUCUUCAAUGUCGGUGAGAAGUUUGUCGAUUCAAGUGUACAAUGAAAUGCACGUGCCACAGAAAAAAUCGAGUGGCAUGCUCUUCACUUUGUCCCCCGUCGACGAUAAGAUGUCAACCUAUCAGAGUGCAACACACAAAAUAGUUCAAACAGGUCCCAAAAAUCAGUGCUUUAGUAGUCGGUCGAUUUGUGUUGAUAACAUUGACGUAUAGAGUUUAACCAUUAAAAAUAACAAACAUACUUUUAUUGACUCAAUAACGGUAUGCGCAUGCCUUGAAUCCUGAUAAAAUAGUAAGUCCCUGCGCGUGAUGAUCAGCAAUCUUACGGUAAGAAUUUUGCUGUAGUGAAGCUGAAAACAGUUGCGGCAGAAGCUCACAUUAUCUUCGGUGUAGAUUGACGUCACAUCAAAUAAACCGCUGAAAACAUGGAUUGAACCUAAAUUAUAUUGUUAUUGAAUUAUUGUAAAUAUGUCUCGUGCCAGGGAAUGUACAAUGUCAGACGUUUCUCAGCACUGUCCAUAUAUCUCUAUUAUAAUCCAGUCACCAGUAGAUUGAUWUAUAACGCUCCAAAAUUCACAAUGGAAAAAGGUAUAAAAUUUCCCUUUAGUAAAUACUUUAUUGUCUCUCCGUCUCGACUCGUCAGCGACUACAUUUCUUUUUGAAUUCUUUCUGGAAGUAGAACAGAAGAGGGCCACUCAGAUGCCGUGUAAUAUAUUGAUUGGUUGUUUAAAAAUAAAAAAUUAUCUGCACAUUCAGAAUUAAAGUGACGGGUCUACGGUAGUCUCAUCUCAAGCCGUCAUGAGGCUCGUUCCCAGGUCUCUCCCUCAUAACGGCUUCCARGAGACUAGCWAGGAUUACUGUAGAGUCRGAGACUUCCUGGUUAUCACAAUACGUUGUUUACAAAACGUUGUUAACUUAGUAUUAAGUCAAAGAMGUUUAACAGRAAAAWAAAUUAUAUAUGUAUAUGUUAUUUGAAYACAUUAAAAUAUUCCACAUUGA